AUGGUUAAUCCAACGUGUAUUGGUUGUAAUACUCGAAUUCGACAUGGUCAAAAGUUUAAGGUUGGUGAGGGUUUGGGAAGAAUUUUUUGGUCUGCUCGUUUAAUUUGUCGUGUUGAUCCAAAUAGUUCAAUUUGUCAAACAUGUCAAUUAAAAUACUUGAAUUGGAAAAAAGAAACAAAUGGUGAUUUUAAUAAUUUCAUAAAUCAAGAAGAAAACAUUCAAAAUAAUAUUGGAAAUGAUGAUAAUGAGAUGGAAGUUGAUGAACAAACUAAUAUUGGAAUGGUGAAAGUUGAUCGAGAGGUACAAACUACAGCUGAACUUGAAAAGGUCGAAGUAUUGAUUAAUAGAACAACAAAAUGUCAGAAGAGUUGUGUUGUUUGUGGUGCUGAUAAAGGUAAAAAUCGACGACGAUUAACAAAAGAACAACGACAUCUUGUUUUUCUCAAACAAGGAAUUUUUGUACCACAAAAUGCUCGUUGUUGUAAAAAACAUUUAUAUAACAAGCAGCUUACAUAUGAAGCACUAAAGGAAAUUAAAGCUACACAAUCAAGCAUUGAAAUGUGGAGAGGACAAGAAGUGAAUCAAUGUUUAAAUAAUUUUCGUCAAGUUUCUAAAUCAUUGAAGUACUUUGAUUUUGAUGAUCCAUCCAGUAUGAAUGAUACAGAUUAUUUGACCAUUACUGGUCUUAAUAUAGGAGAUGAUCUUGCCAUUGUUUGUGCUAUUAUAAAUGCAUAUGGUUCUACGGCGACAUUAAAUGUACAUGAUGAUGAGGACAUAGCUAUUAAAAUGCUUGAUCAGUUAACAAAAGACAAUAUUUUAGAAAAACGUUUAAUUCAGCUCGAACAGCAGAAAGUUCUUAAAUGGGUCAAGCAUGAUGGAAUUUUCUGUUUAUUUCCAUCUCUCACACAAAAUGAUAUUGAAAAUAUCACAUUUGGGUCUUACCAAAUUCAUCGAGCCAAAUCAUAUAUACAAGAGCAUUUAAAAACAGCCUACUAUAAUGAAAACGAAGUAACAUUCGAUGUUGAGACACCUGAAGGUGUCAAUGAUCUCGUUCGAGCAAGAUUUCAAUCUGGGCAUAGUAAUAGUAAAUCAUACAUCGCAACUAUUCAAUUUGAUAACAAUGACACAAUUAAUCCAAUUCAAGGUUGGUGUUGCUCGUGUACAAUUGGCUUACGUGUUGUGGGCUGCUGCUCACACGUAUGUGCAUUACUUUGGCAUCUCGGAGUUAACCGAGGUAUUAUCAAUUAUACACUCAAUCCUCUUUCAGCACAUAAUUUAAUGGAUCAUGUUAAAGAUAGUAUAAUAUUCUCCGACAAUGACGAGUAUUCGGACAAUGAUAAUAAUAUUAAAUACAGUUUAGCUAAUGAUUCAACUGACACUAGUAGCAACGAAACCUCGGACUCAGAAAUAGAAGAAGAUUGA